UUAUUUUAACGAGAUUAUAUACAAAUAUCCGGGGCCACGCGAAUUAUUCGUCGCUGUAAAAAUUCAACGUUGCAAUCUUUAUUUCUCGCAAAGCGAUGCAAUACGGUGCGCGCGUGCUACUGUACUAAUAGAAUACGCGAUCUUUAUCCGCCAUAAUAGCGGCUGUGUAAACGUGGAAAAAAGCAUAUCUGCGUGUGUGUAAUUAUAUGUCAAUUAGAUUAUUUACGAGCUACGCGGAACUGUAUAGGAAUAUACACGCGAUGAUUAAAAGAGAAUCGCGCCGAAAUAAGGAACACGACCACAUCCGCUUUGCGUGCCGCAUCCGCCUGUGAUAGCGAUUAGAUACCCGCGUUAAUUGCGCGCGUCGUGCGCCAGUCGUUCGCGAGCAUUAAGGGAAUCGCGAGUACGUGAUUAAUUCCACACCGUCGACACGAAGGGAAAGAUGACGACGAAAGAAUGCGAUCCGGAUCACGUCGCCCUCGUCUUGGCGAUCGAGGACGGCGCGUUCGACCGGGCGAGUGACAUUUUAGCGCGCGACUGUCAAAAUAGAUAUAUUCGUCCGGUGGGUGCUCUCCAAGUGACAGCUCUGCAGGUGGCCGCGUGGCAAGGGAGGAUAGAUCUGUUGGAUCGAAUCUACGAAAUGGGCGCUGAUGUAAACGACGCGGAUAAAAUCGGCAGAUGCGCCCUUUAUUACGCGGCCCAUCGCGGCAGCGUCGACGUGACGGAGUGGCUUCUCCAACGCGGAGGAUACGUCGAUGCCAAAAUCGGGGUCUACUCGUGCACCAAAGACAUGCCGUGUACUUCGUUGACAAAGACUUGUUUCGUCGGAAGAAAAUUGCCCUUGCCCGUAUGCUGGGGAAGGACACCCUUGCACCAGGCGGUGAAGAACAAUCACGCCGACGUCGUACGCGUUUUGGUGGAACACGACGCAGACGUGAAUAUUAAGGACGAGCGCCUCAUCACGCCGUUGCUCUUAGCGGGUAGCGCGGUGGAUCGCGAUGAUCUCAAGGAGAUGACUAAGUUCGUGGAGAUCAUCAAGAUUCUGGUCGCCGCAAAGGCGUUCGUCAACAUUAUUCAUCCGGACACGGGUACCACGGCGUUGCAUCAUGCGGCGAUGCUGGGCAGCGCGGAAGCGACAGAGAUAUUAUUGUCAAAUGGCGCGUGGCCGAUGUAUAAGUGCAAAAGUUCCGGAAGCACGCCGCUUCAUAUUGUCGCGAGUACAGGGAGCACUGAGACACUGAUGGUCCUACUCGAGGCAAUGCUGCCUCAUAACAUUGACACUCGCGAUCAGAUCAAUCGUACGGCUCUUCACAUGGCAUCUUACCGGGGUCAUCGCGAGUGCGUAAGAGCCUUGAUCGAGCACGGAGCUAGCUUAUCCGCGACGACGAAGACCGGCAUCACCGUCGUUGAUGCAAUAUUCGCUCACAUCCCGCGACCAUUGGCCUUUAUAACGGAAAUUCUGGAUUCUUGUAUACAAACGACUAAUAAUUCUCCUCUGGAGACAUACGACAAUAUCACUGUCGACUUCAGUAUAUUGGCUCCGAAGCACCAGAUGCAAAUGGCAGUAGUCACGGCUGUUAUAGCCGCAGCUUCGGAUAUAACGCAACUGGCGAUAUUACAGCAUCCACUUGUGGAGACGUUCCUCAGACUCAAGUGGACGAGAUUAAGAAUACUCUUUUUCAUUCUUACGCUCGUACACUUGUUCUUCGUCAUUUCCCUCUCGAUCUAUGCUGUAAUGUUUGUACGGGACGAUACUGACCACGCGGUGACUCGAAGAAUUCUUGCGAUCUGUUCCUGCUUUCUACUAUUUCACAAUAUGAUUCAAGUUUUACUAGAGCCUAAACAUUAUUUGAGACAACUCGAAACAUGGUUAUCGUUCAUAUGCGCUACACUAUCGUUGGUGACGUCGAUAGCUGGCGAGAUCGCAAAGUGCUCGAAGGAAGAAAUUGAGUCUCGUCAUUGCGCACAUUGGAUAUUGCAUUCCAUCAGCAUCGCAAUCUUGCUUAGCUGGAUGCAAAUGAUGCUGUUAAUCGGUCGGGUUCCAAUGUGGGGAUAUUACGCGCUCAUGUUCUCCACGGUGUUAAAGAACAUCCUGAAGGUUCUCCUGGCGUUCGGCUACCUGAUUGUCGGAUUCGCGUUGAGCUUCGCUGUUUUGUUCCACGGGAACGACCAGUUUCGCGAUUUCUGGAGGGCUGUCGUGAGGACCGUGGUAAUGAUGAUGGGCGAGUACGAGUACGAAGAGCUGUUCACCACCGGGAACGGCAAGGAUACAUUCCUACCGGUCACAAGUAGAAUCGUAUUCUUCGCCUUCACCUUGCUCGCCAGUAUCGUCCUGAUCAAUCUCAUGAUUGGUUUGGCGGUCAACGACAUUCAAGGACUCGAGAAGGAGGGCCACAUACGCCGAUUAUUGAAACAAGCGGAAUUCGUCGCGCAUUUGGAGAGGGUGACAUCACACAGAAUCUUCCGCGGCAAUUGGCUACAUCCUCGCUUAAGAAUGCUUCUACACUCGAGACGCGACAUUCCCACAAAAAUUACACUCUUCUCGCGUGAAAAUUAUUUUCAUCAUGUGAAUCAUCAUCUCAUCAUGGAGUCGCCUCCUAAGAUUCCCGCCGAUCUAGUAGAGGCUUUAUUUCUGUUAGCCACCAAGACAUUUUACAAGAAUGACAAUUUGACAGGUAAAAAUGUAGAGAUUGGUGACACGAAGCUGACUUCUAUAUUAUUGAAUUUAGAGGAACAAAUUCGAGAAUUAAAAAUACAUUGUUAUCGUAAUUUGACGAAUCGAAGAUCAUCGAAACGACAUGGAUUCAAAAGAAAGCCUGUACUAAGAAGAUUAAAUUCUUAAUAUGCAUAUGUAGCAUAUGUGCAAGAUUGCUAUUAUUUUUCAGUGUGCUGAACGUGUAUUAAUCUGGCAGUAACAUUAUUACAAUCAUAAAAUUGAGCAUGAUGGAAGAUUUUGCUUUGUGACGGUAUAGUAUAUAAUAAGUGCUUUUUUUAAACAAUAGAAAUAUAACAGAACAAUAUAAAUACAUAUAUGUAAAUAUAAUAACGGUAAGUCAGUGAUCCACCUUGCCA